AGUCGCCAUCGUAUCGCUCUCCUGUACUUCCCAUUCCUACUCCACGUGUUGGAUUCUUCGGCUCUGCUGCACCGACGACCGACAGCCAAAGACAAACCCAAAGCGACUGCACGAGCCUCUCAGGCCAAGGCCAAGGCCAAACCGCCAGUGCCUGACAAAGGCUUUGGAUCAGAAGAGACGCGCAACAUCCUGUGCUGCUAUCUGGCCAUUCAGGCCAAUUUAACACCUGAGUAUUUAAGUAGUUGGUGGUCGCAG